AGAAUGUCCGGACGUGGUAAGGGGGGGAAAGGUUUGGGGAAAGGGGGCGCCAAGCGCCACCGCAAAGUCUUGCGCGACAAUAUCCAGGGCAUCACCAAGCCCGCCAUCCGCCGCCUGGCCCGGCGUGGAGGUGUCAAGCGCAUCUCUGGUCUCAUCUACGAGGAGACCCGUGGGGUGCUGAAAGUGUUCUUGGAGAACGUGAUCCGGGACGCCGUCACCUACACCGAGCACGCCAAGCGCAAGACGGUCACGGCCAUGGACGUAGUCUACGCGCUCAAGCGCCAAGGACGUACUCUCUACGGCUUCGGCGGCUAA